AAGCAAUGAAGAGAGUACUAGGAAGUCUCAACCUCAAUAUAGUAGAGAUGGUAGAUGAAAAUGCAACCUUGGAUGGAGGAGACGUCUUAUUUACAGGCAGAGAAUUUUUUGUGGGUCUUUCAAGGCGGACAAAUCAACGUGGUGCAGAAAUUCUGGCUGACACAUUUAAGGAUUAUGCUGUCUCCACAGUCCCUGUUCACGAUUCUUUGCAUCUGAAGAGCUUUUGCAGCAUGGCUGGACCAAACUUGAUUGCUAUUGGAUCAAGUGAAGCUGCACAGAAAGCCCUCAAGACCAUGCAACAGAUGAGUGACCACCGCUACGACAAGCUGACGGUGCCCGAUGAUGCUGCAGCAAAUUGCAUUUACUUAAACAUUCCCAGCAAAGGCCACGUCCUGCUGCACCGAGCCCCCGAGGAGUACCCGGAGAGUGCAAAGGUAUUUGAAAAACUGAAGGACCACAUGCUGAUCCCAAUAGCCAACACAGAACUGGAGAAAGUAGAUGGGUCACUCACCUGUUGCUCUGUGCUUAUUAACAAAACUUCAGAAUUAUGAGUUUACAGAGUUCCCUCCCUUGUAACUGGCAAUAAUGUUACACACAAGGUAGACGAAUCUGUAUCCACACUUUUAUUGUUUUUAUUGACAAUCUACUGUACCACUGUGCUACUAACCCUUGUUUACAGAUUUUUUGCUUUUGUGUAUUUUUUAUUAUGUCCUUGCAGAUGGCAUUUAAGAUGGAUGUACGGUUUGUAGGGGGGCACAUAACUCUGAAGUGUGUUAGUCCCAUGGGCUAGCAGACGACAAUUAUAACGGCUAACCCCUAGCUCUAGUGAUUUAACAUACUUGUGUGAAAAUUUUAUGAAAACCAACUAAUUCUCAACAUUUCAAGCACCUCUGUUGUCUUUACACUGUUCCAUUUUCUUGUCUUUUUUCUCUGGCUUCCUUGCUCUGCAACUUUUUUUUUCUUCCUAGAUCCUCUUUACUUUCAAUGAUGCAAGAUAUCAGGGAGGACUGAAGAAAACUCA